UAAUACACUCACUUCAAGAAAAAGUGCAGUUAUUGCUUACUAUAGUAGUUGUUGGUAUUCUGCAACAACAUGCAUAUAUUGAAUAACCCUUUUUCCGGAUUCAAAGAAUAGUAUGUGAUUGCUGGGGUUAUUUUCAGUGUGUAAAAUACAGUUGUAUUUUAACAGAAAACAAAGAUUCUUAGACUACUUUAUUGAAUACCCUUAACUUUCUUAAUAUUUUUUUAGUUUUGACUGUGUCCUUCAGCUACCAUCAGAGGUACCUUGAUGGUAAAGCAUAAAUAAAAGAAUAAAAGAACAAACAUUAUUUAAGAAGGUUGUACAGCCAGAACCUUUUGCCUGGCUUUUGGUUUAUAGUGGUUACGGUAGAAUGGAAGCCUGUUUAAGAUUUAUAUUAAAAUUUGUGAUAUGAUAUGGUUACAAGUCAAAGGUAGAAAAGGAUAAUCUAGCAUUCGUCCAUAAAGGCUUAUUGUAGCCUGGUUUCUAAUGCACACUACAGUGAAAGUGACAUUUAUUUGAUACCAACUUUUGAGAAAUAAGUUGCUUAAAAAUGAUAAAUAUUAAUAUCAUAUUUCUGUGUGUGAAGACUGUUUAACUACUUCUUACGACAGGCCUUUUUUGGUGUAAUAGGAAAAAAUUCUGAAGACUUAAAGGGUUAUUUUAUGCUUCGUUUUUUUUUCUAAUUUUUAUUUUUUAGUUUACCUUUUUUUGUUUUUUCUUUGUAGUUUAUUCUUUAGGUUAAGUUUACUGAUGGUUGAUUUAUCUUUUUAAUCUUGCAUCUCUAAAUUGUUCUGGGAGUUUAAACUGAUAGUGACAACUUUGAAAGUAGACAUUAAAGAAUUUAAGAGGACUGUUUCUUAACCUUGAAUUAUUCCAUGAAGAAAUUUAUGCAGAUUUAGGGUCCCUGAUCAAAAAGUAGUAAGUUGAAGAGCAUGCAACAGAGGACAUUAGGUUUUUGUAACACCUUGGAUAAUUAAAAAACAAGCCUUCUUUUAAAAUAUGCUAGUGUCUUUUGAAAAGAUACUGUUGUGUCUUAAAGCUUUGUUAAAAAAUAAAGGGAAAAUAGCAUUUUUCCAGUAAUUCACUAUAUUUAAAAUUUAAAAUGUUAUUGAUUACCUUGUUUACAUUAGCUUCCAAGAAAAAGGCAAUAUUCAGUACUACUGAAUAAUUUUCAACUAUUAGUCAUGCUUAUAAAAGAUUUGAAAUUCACAUGUACACAUAUAUUUGGACCAUUAAACAUUUAAGAAUAAAUUUGGGAUUUUACUACUAUAAGAUUUGAUUUCUGUCCUAAUAAAAUUAAAGGACUUACAGUGUCACAGAGCACAAUGCCUUCUGAUAUGUAUGUAUAAUAAGAGCUAUGGUGAUGUUCAUAGACAGUAUUCCAUCUGUUCUUACCCACGUAGUUAGUGAACCAGCCUAUGAGACUGCAAUUACAAGCACAUUAGCUGUACCCUUUUUUAAAAAGUACUGAAUGCUGCUUUUACAGUUUUUCAGUGAAUGAAAGUGCCUAAAUUGCUGUUACUGUUCCAAGCAUCUGUCCAGAGUGUGGGAGAUGUAGUGAAGGACUUACAUAGAUGGCUAAAUGGGAAAGGUUAAUAUCGAACAGGAAAGGUAUAUAUUUCAGUUGUGUUUUCAUCAGAAAAAAUAAAUAUGCUUAGCAUCAGUACAGUUCUUGACAUUAAACUAAAUGUAAAGGGAAAGUUUUAAGAAAGUUGUAUGGUAGGUAGCCUUAUGGUAUAAAUGAAAAUUGGUGUGAAAUUGGGAUAAUAUUUGUACUAAUAAUCAAGGCUUAAGAGAACAGAGAAACCAAACUGCCCAUUCUACUUUGGUCAUAAGUGCCUCAUGUAUCUAUCAAUUUUAAAAACAGGCUUUUAAUCAGUUGAAAUUAUUUCAUUUAGAAAGUUUUUUAUAUACAUAUAUUCAACUUUUUCCAAAGCCAUUCAGUUUACAGGUGUAGGAUAUAGUCACUAAAGGGAGUACAAAUAUAUGUAACUGCAUAAAUCUGCAAAAACUUUGUACAAAAAGAGGUGGGAUCCAAAAUAAAGACCAUGGUAUUAAUUUUGUAAUAAUUUUUUUGUGCAUUAUGAUACUUCAUGAAUAAUACAGAAUUUAAAAGUGGCACAGUUGCAAAAAUACAUAUAUUAGGAAUUUACAAGCUGGGGGAAAAUUUAAGAAUUUUAUGCGCUCUUUUCCCCUUACUUUUUUCAGAAUGCUUGCCUUACUUUAGACUAUAUCUUCCUGGUUAAGUCAGAGUGAACAAAGAUAGUGGUCAAACAAAAUUGGGAGGUGUUAGUAAUUGUAAUAAUUUUUUCUUCUACUUUGAACCUCAGUGUGUGUCCUGUAAUGUUUGAGUUUUGAUAGGUAUAUACAAAUAUUUCAGGCUAGGCUGCUUUGCUUUAAUUAUAUUUUGCUAUCUUGGCAUGGCUUAGUGAAAGCUUAUUUUAAGAUCACUAAGAAUCUUCAGGUUAUAAAUUAGUGAAAAUGUAAAACAUAGGCGGGGGGGUUACAGUUCAAGUUAGAUUUAUGCUUGAAUUAAGUAUUUAUAUUAAAAUUGUUCACAUUUUAGGAACUAGGAUGAAACAUGAAAGGGGAGGAGGGUGAAGAAUAUGGUAAAAACAUUUAGAAAAAUUAGUGAAUUAUCUUUAAUUUUUAGAAAUUAGACUUUUGAACAAUUUUAAAGAUUAUAAAAUUGUUUUUUUAAAUAAACUAGUUAUUUGCACUUUACCUGCUGGCUUUUCCAUUUGGUAGAUAACAUUCUGAACUCCAGCAGAGUUUUAUAAUCCCCACGUGCUUAAAUAUACUAAAUGUUCUUUUUCCAUUAAGGUUAAUGUUCGUGAAGAAAUUGAAGAGUUUUUUCCAAGAAUGUGGAAGAUAAAUCAAGAUAAAAGAAGGCUAAUGAAAAGUAUUAAAGAUCAGAAAAUUAAAAUUGAAUGGGGGAAAAAAUUGAACAGAAGAUUGGUCAGAUAGAAGCACUUGAAUAUUUUUUUAAGGCUAUUUUGAAUUGUUUGAAUUGGGGAAGAAUACACGAAGUAUGAAAAAUGAAAAACUCAAUGAAGAAUGAAGAGAAGUAGAAAGCAAGAGUGAAGUAGAAUUAAAAGAAUCUGGAAGAAUGAAUGGGUCCUAGGUUAAGUAAAUGAGUCUCGCUCUCAGUCAAAAUCUCCAACGGGAACUCCUGCUCGUGUAAAAUCGGAGAGCAGGUCAGGAUCUCGUAGUCCAUCAAGGGUUUCCAAACAUUCUGAAUCUCAUUCUCGGUCAAGAUCAAAAUCCAGGAGGCGAUCUCGAAGCAGGUCCUAUACACCAGAAUACCGACGUCGAAGGAGCCGAAGUCAUUCUCCAAUGUCUAACCGGAGAAGACAUACAGGCAGCAGGGCAAAUCCAGACCCCAACACUUGCCUUGGAGUGUUUGGCCUCAGUUUGUACACAACAGAAAGAGAUCUUCGUGAAGUAUUUUCUCGAUAUGGACCAUUGAGUGGUGUCAAUGUGGUUUAUGAUCAGCGAACUGGACGAUCACGAGGAUUUGCUUUUGUAUAUUUUGAGAGAAUAGAUGACUCAAAGGAGGCUAUGGAAAGGGCAAAUGGAAUGGAGCUGGAUGGUAGAAGAAUUCGUGUGGAUUAUUCUAUCACCAAGAGAGCACAUACACCUACACCAGGCAUCUACAUGGGCAGACCAACUCAUAGUGGCGGUGGUGGAGGCGGAGGCGGUGGUGGAGGCGGAGGAGGUGGCAGACGUCGAGAUUCCUACUAUGAUAGAGGAUAUGAGCGUGGUUAUGACAGAUACGAGGACUAUGACUACCGGUACAGAAGAAGAUCACCUUCUCCUUACUAUAGUCGCUACAGAUCACGAUCAAGAUCUCGUUCCUACAGCCCAAGACGCUACUGAUAAAGAGAAUGGUUGCAAUUAAGGAUAUCUUUUUCUCUUUCUCUUUUGUUGUUUAAUUCUGGAUUUCCCUAAGCUUCUAACCCUUCCUACUUCUUAAAAAGAACCCUUAAAAAAUCUUUGGUUUCUUUAGCAUCUACACUUUGUCAAUUGUAUUGCUGUUUUCCACCCCUUUUAUUAUACUCUUAAAGAUGUGAUUGUUGUCAUUUUGAGUAGUUAAACAUCUUGAGUAAAAAAGGAACCCCUAGUGUUACGCUUUGUAAAUGAUUUUUUUUUUAAGGUUGCUUUUAUAGAAAAUUAAUUCCAGGCUAAUCAAAAGAAGAAAGAAGUGAUCUUUUUAAAGCUUCUUUUGUGUUAGAUACUAUAUUAGACAUUGUAUUAGAAAUCUGCAUUUAAAACAAACUCCUUUUUCAAUUUACUUUUGGGGAAGGUAGUAACACACAAAGUAGUUCAGUCAUGUCAAGUUUGUCUGGGGUGGCAUGGAGCAGUCAAAUAGUUGAGUGUAGAAAGUUUGAAGCUGUAAGAGAAAACGCUUGGUCAUUUCUUUUGAGAUACGGAAAAUUUGAACCUUAAAAAUUACAUCGUUUCUUUAGAGAUGGAAAGCUUGUGUACUUCUAUAAAACAUGUAUUUAAAAUACAUUUGUUAAAAUUUAACAAACUUAAAGUGUGAUUUUUGUGUUGAAUUUAUUGAAGUUUAAGUAUUCCUUUAAUCAGUGAAGGACAGCCCUUAUUAUUUAUUACUUAGAGCAGUUGUAUACUUUGCUGUUAGAAAUUUUGGUAUUGGGACAUUGGUUAAGCAGGCUAUUGUAUAGCAUAGAAUCCUUAGUGGGUUAUGUAUGAGGGAAAGUAGUCUCCUUUCAAAUAAAAGUUA